AUGACUGAAGCAUCUUCUACAAUUACUACGGAACCCCCAUCCAAUGAACUUACAGAAUUGGAUCUUGCUUUUAUUAUUGAUGCCACAGGAAGUAUGGGGUCUUAUAUAAAGUCAGCUCAAGAAAAUAUGCGAAAUAUUAUUCAAGAUAUUAUUAUUAGUGAACGAUGUUUAUUGAAUGUUGCAUUAAUUCUUUAUCGUGAUCAUCCACCUCAAGAUAAUACAUUUAUUAUUCAAGUUAAUGAUUUUACAAAUGAUGCUGAACAAGCAAAAGCAAAUAUUGAUUUAGCUUCUGCUUCUGGAGGUGGAGAUGGUCCUGAAGCUAUGACACCUGCAUUACAUGCUGCUGUUCAUACUUUAACAUGGCGGAAAAAUGCAGUUAAAAUAGCUAUUCUUAUUGCCGAUGCUCCUCCUCAUGGACUAGAAACUAGCGGUGAUAGUUGGCCUGAUGGUGAUCCAUCUGGACAUGAUCCAAUGGAAUGUGUGGCAUUACUUGCUGAACAUGGUAUUACUUUAUAUACAAUUGGAUGUGAACCAGCUGCAAUAACUUAUCGUGAUUUUUUCAUGGCACUUGCAUUCAAAACUGGUGGUCAAUAUAUACCAUUAGAUAAUUGUGCUAAUUUAGCUUCGGUCAUUGUUGGCUCAGCUAAAGAAGAAAUUUCUCUUGAACGAUUAAUAGCUCAAGUACAUGAAGAAGUAAUGCGUGAGGCUGAAUUACGUGGUGGUCCAAUAGAUGAAGCUGAACUUACUCGACGUCUUCAUGAAGUAAUGCAUAGUGGAGGUGUUACAGCACGUCGACUGAAAUUAGACAAUCAAAAUGGAACGAAAAAUAUUCCAUCAUUAACACCAGCUGCUGAACAACUUUCUACAUUGACAACAUUAAAAGAAGUUCGAGAAAAAUGGGUUCCUAAUACAGGAUUGCCGACAGCUUCUACUACUACGACAUUUGGAGGAUUAUUUGGUGUGAGUAAAACUCCAACCCCUGCUUCUAUAUUAACAAAGAAAAAGCGCACUCGUACAUCGACCAUUAAAAAACCACCAGUAAAACGAACAACAGUAACUAAAGUAAAAACAAUAGUAAAAAAGAAGUCUAAACGAGUCAUUGUUCAUGGCAAUCGUCGAAGUGCUCGUCUAGCACUCAAUAGAGACUUUAAAGCAGAAGAAGAAGUAUUAACGGAUCAUGAAGCAAUGGAAACAUCAACACCUUCAGUCGCUCCUAUUGAAAAACCAGUUAAAAUGAAAACUCAUAUAUCACAUAUAAAUUUAGCAGAUGAUGAAUUACUUGAUGUUAGUCAAACACGAAGACUUGUUCGUAAAUGUGUUGCUCGUAAUAAACUCCAAUCUAAAUGA